GUUCUGCUGGCCUCCUCUCGUCUCCCUCGAGGGGAUCUUCGUUCCUUUCUGCUGUCUUCACGACGAUUUGGGGUGUAUGUACACCCGGUGUCACCGGGCACACGGGGAAUCCCUCAUCUUUUCCUGUGUGCACCUCGUUUUCUUGAGGCUGUCGCAAGCAGCGGUUUUUCUCCCUGCUUCUCUGCUUCUCCACUCCCCUCUGUCCAUCCUUUCUUUUGUGCGUUCUUCUGUUCCGUCGUUUCGCAUCCUCGUCGCUCGCCUUCUCUUCACAGGUGUGCGCGACGCGCCGUCCCCCAGCGCCUCCACUUCCGCUGUCUGUACACCGCACCUCUCGGGAAAGUUUUUCUUUGUCCCCGCAAAAUGGAGCUCUCGUUCUUCAACGUCGACGACGGCUACCUGGAAGGCAUCUGCCGAGGGUUGCGCUCGGCCUUCUUGACGGAGGAAGAUUAUAAAAAGUUGUCCGCCGCGGAUUCGCUCGAGGAUCUGCGGUCGGCCCUCGAGGAGACGGAUUACGGUCCGUUCAUGCAGGACGAGCCUCUGCCCCUGGCGGUACCGACUUUAUCCCAGAAGUGUCGAGAGAAGAUGGCUUCCGAGUUCCGGUACAUGCGGUCACAGGCUUCAGGGCCUCUUGGCAAGUUCAUGGACUUCAUCGCAACGGAGAAGAUGAUUGACAACGUCGUCGGUCUGAUUCAGGGCGCCCUGAACAGAAAGUCUUCUCACGAGCUUCUGGCGCGCGUCGACCCAAUGGGGUACUUCCAGGAAAUGGCUGCGAUUGCGAACAUGGAUUUGACGACGAGCUACGAGGAACUGUAUCGCGCACUGUUGAUCGACACACCGGUGGGGAAAUAUUUCCAAGCUUUUCUCACAGAGUCUGGAUCGCAAGCCGCGGCUCACUCCGCUGAACACGGUGGCCGCAGCCUCGCAGAAGUCGCCAGCAUCGUCUCCGAAACAGAUAUCGAGCUGAUGAGGAACAGCCUCAAGAAAGGCUGGCUGGAGGAUUUCUACGCCUUCGUCCAGUCUCUUGGAGGCACAACCAAGGAAGUUAUGACGCACAUUCUCAAGAGGGAAGCGGACUACCGUGUCCUCCGCUUGGUCGUCAACUCGCUCUCUUCGAAUCAGCAACAGCAAAUGGAUCGCCAGGCUCUGUAUCCGUCAUUCGGUUAUCUCUAUCCCGAAGGAACGGAUGGCCUGCGAAAGGCGUGGAAUGACACGACUGUCCGCGCAGCUCUGGCGCCUUUCUCUAGCUACCUGAACCUUUAUGAGCAAUGCAAAUCGUUCUACGUUGGACAGGAGGGCCAGGGCAAUGAGGCCGCAAUCAACAUGGCGAGCACGAGCAAAUUCAAAUCCCUGGAAGACUUGCUCUACAGCGAAACGGCGACAAUGUGCGAACUUGCGUUUGAGCAGCAGUUCCACUACGGAAUUUACUAUGCGUGGGUGAAGCUGAAAGAACAGGAAAUCCGCAACAUCGUUUGGAUUGCCGACAUGAUUUUGAUGAAGAGAAAGGAGUACAUUUCCGACCAGAUUGUUCCUCUCUUCCCUCCUCGGGUGUGAAGACCGUGGAUGCUGUCGCAUGCGGCUGCCGUCUCGUUCGCGUUUGUCCUCGAUCUUGUUUUUUCACUUUCCUUGUCCGCGGUCAUUUGCUUUCGUCCACGUUAUGCCUGUUUCUGCCUUCCCGCUGUCCUGCCCUCUGUCAU